GAGAAAAGCGCAGUGUUUCCAAAUGUUCUCCUCAGAUUAUGAUGGUUGUGAGUCUGACAGUAGUUCAUCCAGUGAUUUGUGUUAUGACAACAGAAGUGUCAAUGCGAUCGAGAUCUCCAAAGCUAAAGCUAUGGAGUUUGAUGAAUUAAUGAACAAAGAACUUGAUUUACUGAUCAGAAGCGUUCACCAUAAAGCACCGGAUUUGAAAACAGGAAAAAAGCAAAAUAAAAAUCUCAGAGUGAGAUUUAAAAAGGAUCAUGACGAUGACGAUGACUUUCUAGUAGAUAAAGAUCCACUUUGCGAUUAUGAAGAAGAUGAGGCUAAUGCUAAAUGGGUGCAAGAAAAUCUCCCUGGAGGGACGAGCGAGAAAUCUGAUGCCAUCCUUAACUGUCCUGGAUGUAUGUCUGUGUUAUCUCUAGUUAGUCAUAGGCACCCACAUUUCAAGACACAAUAUUAUACAGAAUACCCUAUCAAUUGUAUUGUGGACGAAACUCAAAUCAUAUCUCGAACGAUAUCAAAACCACAAAAUGCGAAAAAAUCUUCAGAAAGCAGUUUGAAAUCAAACCGGAAUGUCAUGAAGGAAUAUCACCCGGUCACUUGUAAAGUAUGCGGUAAUUCAGUCGGAUGUAAGGAAAUCCAGACCAAUAUGAUCUACUUCAAUGACAUACUUGCAAGUCAUAGUUAACCGAAGGGAUUUUUUGCACAGGAUAAGUGGUAUGGCUACUUAAUAAUAUUAAGUAGCUUGUUCCGAGUAACAUCAAUUCAUGGACUAGGACUUUUUGUGAACAACUUUAUUUCACUGUAUAUAAGUAAAUUGCUUUUUUUAUCUCGGAAAUUCAUAAAAUCUCGGGCAAAUGCAUUUCAUAAUUGUUUUUCAUCUAAAAUACUUAAAACAAGAAUCCAGAAACUGUUAGCUUAUUCCAUUUCUUUAAUUUAGUCCUUCACCAUGUCAUGUAAUUCACAUUGAAGUCGAAUUGUUUGUUUUUCAUGAUGAGGAAAACCUAAUAAGUUUUUUGCAUAAAAAAUAGGCGCUUUGAAAAUUUCAGGCCUCAAAAUAAUAGUUGUUACUGUCGUGAAAUUUCUUACAAAUGUAGCAUCUGUCCACAGGUAAACGUUAAACUUAGAAUAUAAUUGUUAGCGAAGGUUAUUAUUUUCAUCUUAUCACAGUUAUCUGUGUGGGAAUCUGUUAUGGAUGUGAAAUUCCUAAAUGCAACUUAGAAUAAAGUUAAUAUCUACCUAAUAUGAAUUUUAGUUAUAUUAAUUUAUUCAAUUUGAAUUCUGUUAAUGAACUUUCAAUUGCAUUUUUCACUAUGAUUUACGCACAUUGAUAACUCAAUUCAGAAAUUAUAGUCAUCGUAACCAAUAUAUAGCUGAUUGUCUUAAAUUUAUUUUGAAUUCUACUGAAUUUUGACCAAUAAGGCCUCUAUACAGCAACAGGACGUCUUACUCCAGUUAUUGGGGCAGGGAAGAAGACAAUAACAAUAGUCUCAUUCACCGUAUUGAAGAUGGAGUCGUGAAACCGUAGCUUAGGACACAAAUGUAUUAACUAGGGACGAGGUUGAUGAAAGGUUGAUCAUACACCCGGACUCAUUGACGUAUCUAAGGACAAACGAGAUAAAUCCUAACAGUGUGCUCGUACUACUGUGAAGGGACGCUGUUAUCAAGUGUCGAAAACAGACCGAAUCAAACACUCAUAUACACCCGAUAAGUAACAGAGAGGGGCAAAAUAUGCUACAACAUGACUCCUGUCAAGAAGAAAGGAGAUCUCAAAUAACUUAUGUUUUAAAGAAGUGGGAUUUAGUGUUGCUUGAAUUACAUAAAUGUGCUAAAAUCGUCCUCAUGUAUUGCAAUUCAAUUAUUCGUCAUAAAAAUGGAUGCACGCAAGUUUUCCAGGGAAACGACAAAAAAGGAUGUAACCUACCGAAUAGAACAAAUGCAGAAGAAUCCUAAUAAUCAUCAUCGAUGAUUUAUUGUUAGUUCUACGAUUUCACGUCUGUAUGGACUGCCAAAAUUACACAAGAAAAAUGUUUCUCUUUGUUCUAUAACGAAUACAAAUAACACCCUAUACCAUGCAACUGACAACUGAAUUGUGCAAAUUCCUUAAAUAGCUGGAGAUCAGAUCAAUAAACAUAGCUCCAGCAAUUAAUUUACUUCCAUAGACACCAAUGUAUUUGGAAAAAGAAUGACUUCAUUAAAUGUCGCCUCACUUCUCAAAAAUACUCCUCUUACACAGGGACAAUUUGUUCACUGUGAAUACAUUGCAAAUGAUAAUAUUGCGAUUCCAAAAUAAUAUCUAAAGAAAUCGCUGUUACACUACACUAUGAGUGUAUAAUUGUGAUUUAAUAAUGAGUUAUACAGACAAAUGUGUAUGGCAUUAAGGUCGCUACUAGGUCUUCUCUUAUCAGAAGGCUUAAUAGUCAAUCUGGAAAAUACCAUUAUUCGAUUAACAGUUAGUGACUCUUGUUUUUACGAGGUAUGUAUGGAUGAUAUCUACAUUAUCUGUGACGAGAGUUGGGAUCUCAACAGAAUUCCACAUGUACCACCAGAAAGUCAGAGUUGAGCACAGAAUUUCACUUUUUUUAUGUUUUUAUGAAAAGGAAACCGGAUUAGUCUCUGCAAAGACCAGUGUAUAGAAGAACGACAUGAGACUGACAGCGUACGAACUUCUAGAUUUGGAUUUCACUAGGCAGAGAGAUAAACCUACUACAUUCCGUAUUGCUGAGAACCACAAGAGUUCGCACAGAGGGCACACUCAGCAAAAAAACUAAACAGAGUCGGAGAAAUGCUCAUAAAAACGGAAUUUAUCAGAUUCAUUUACAAAUAACUGAAACGAGAGAGCUAAAUAAAAAGAAGAAAUAGUACUGAAGAAGAUUUUGUUCUUGUAUAUUGAGCUUAAAGCGAGGGAGUAUAGUUGCAGUGAUCUUAAGAAAUCAUUGUCAAAAUUGUUGAGUGAGAUACUCGAUUCAACUGAACUACGGAUUGCAUUAUGCAGUAACUAAUUCAAGGAUGAACCGUUGCUUUGGUUACCUCCGUGUGCAUCUGUCAGUUUAUUUGCUCGUGUGGAAUAUGUUGUUGUUAACUUCAAUAUGUAUCCUCUUUCCAAAAGCAUAUCUGAACACUACUGAGUAUGGUUAUCAAAAUGUGAAUGCGAACCAGCUACUAUUUUUAUUUUUAAACUGUUUCAAUUCUAAAUAAUUCAUGAAGUCAAGUGAACUGGUUAUAAGGGCAUCCGAUUGAAAAUUAUGUGUAUAGCAAAGGGUUUGACGAUUCGUCAAUUCAAGGUUGGUCUAUGAGAUCAAAAGUGAUAUAUCUAAUCCCUUAUUUAGCGAUGAUCCUAACACCUUAUUUUAAAUUGUUAUGAUAUGUAUCCGUCUCUUUUCUCCAUAUAUUCUCCAAGUGAACACUUAACUUCCACACCUCUUUUCUAUGUUGUUUUCAUUCUGAUUACUCUUAAAGUUUUUGAUUAACUCUUGUUACCUGUGCUAAUGACUCAACAUUUUUAAAUUGUAUUAUACAUUAAUAUGUGUAAAAUAACUGUAGAUACCAUUGUACAACUUGAGAAAAUAACAUCAAUAAAUUUUUUUCUUACGAACUGUUUUUAUUUUACCCAGUUGUUAUUAUAUAGUAGUGCCAAACUGUGAAUACAGAACUAGUUGGAUUCAGAAAUAAGUAUAGUAGGGUCUUGAAUGAUACAGCUUAUCGCAUCCAUUUAUCACGAAAUUCAAACCAGUUUCCUGACAUAGAUCCUAUUUAUGAGUGUAGUUCUACUAAUCACGUUAAUAUCAGUCACAAGUAAUUUUUUUUACUUUUUUGUAAAUUAAAAAAUGCGAAACUUGCUACUAUAGAAUAUAAUAAGUUCUAAUAUUUUCACAAACAUUUGAGCUGAUAACAAUAAAAUCUGUUUGUCCAGAAGUAUUCCCUGACGAGAGUGAUUUGGCUUAGUAGAUGGUAUAAUCUCAGAACACAACUUAUAUAAAUUGUUUGAUAUCAUUUGUAAAAGUAAACAAUAUCUAUCCAUAGGCAUAUGCAUUUGUCUGUUUACCACUACUCAAGCUCUAGCUAUCUUCAAUUCCAAGCUAAUUCUACGUCUACAUUAAAUGGGCUUUAAGAUCUUUUUUAACGUCUGAGCCAUAGUUCCUUAUACGCUUUCAUAUUCUUCUUUCUUUGUCUGUGUUUUUCUUAAACUUCAAGGGCAUUUCUUUCUGAGUGCAGUAUAAUUUGUUAUGCUCGACAUAGAUUUACAAAUUUUAUUUUUAUCUCAUAGCAUGUCAUAUUCAUAUUCAAAAUGACAUUCAUUUACAAAAUUUGAAGGAAAAUUCUACCAUAAUCUCUUACAUGUGCUCGACCUUUAGCCUUGUAUAAUUUUCGUUUUUUCUGAUCAUUUUGACGAUUCAUAUAUUGUAUUUUAUUCAGUGGUAUUAACCUUACUCCACAAGUUAACGAAAUCAUAUUAUUAUCAUUUAGAUUAUAAUUUCAUAUAUAUUGGUACAUCAUCUGAAAAUAAAGUCGUCACAAUGAUGAUUUUUUUGUCG